CGCGGGUAAGAGAGAAGGAAAAUCACACCGCCUCGCGUAUACUGGUGUGUUUUGUCCUCGAAGACUUGCAGGCCGCUGCGUUUUAUUUGCCUUGUAUGCAAUCGCUUAUUGUUAGAAGUACUUGGCGGCGUCGCCCUUUGAAGUUACAAUUGUUAGAAGCGGUAUCGUUUGAGGGUGGAUGGGAGAGUGCGAGAGAGAGAUGGAGGAGAACGAGAGAAAAUACGAAAAGAAAAAAAGAGAAAAGAACGGGGAGCUGGCUAUGUUAUAGCACCCUUCAUGGUCAUCACCAUGCCCAGAGCGGAUGAAAAAUAGCAAACCAAGAGUUCAUUUUGCGUUCGAGUGAGAGAGCGGUGAGGAUGUGGGAUGCAGAACGUGAGAGAGUUUCGAGAUCGCAAGCGAAAACCCAUUAACGUACCUCGCUCUUGGAAUCUGUUAUCCAUUUUCAGAUGAGACGCUCCAGUGUGGUUGGAGAACCAAAAUUGUGGAAUUAUAAAUACUUUGGAUGUUUUCUUCUGUGCGAUCCCAUUCUUUCUCUGGACGGUUCCUGAGUAUAAUCAGGGAGAGACAGCUUAGAGAAUUUCAUCUCCGGUAUUAAUAAACCGUAAAGCGAAUAACUCACCAGGAUGUCACGAACACCAUCUCCUCAGCGAUUACAAACCCUUCUACCUCUCAUCAUCUUUCUCCUCAACCUCGUCGACAAUGGACGCGGACGAGCAGCGAUGCGACCACGGAACAACGACCCCGGUGGCCAGGACCAUUACGACCAGGAACUGCCCGCUCGUACCCAGCCCAUCAUACGAGGUCCUAGUCCCGGUGGUGGGGACCAGUUCCAACCGGGUCUAGACGAGAAGGAAUACGUCCUGGAUCUGAAUAACCUGAGUAAUGAUAACAUUGUGGAGCAGCUGCAGCACCUUGCAUCCGCGCUCAGCACGUGCGGCUUCGAUGGGCAGCUUCAAAAACUCAGACUGCAUCACGUGACCAACCGUUCGGUCACAUGCAAUGAUGGCUCACCGGCAGGGUAUUACCUCCGAAAGUCGUAUGAGAGCAAGAAGUGGCUUAUCUUUCUCGAAGGUGGAUUUUAUUGCUUUGAUGCCGAAAGUUGUCGAAAUCGAUACAAUCAUUCGGUCAAUCGGAUGAGUUCAAGAGGAUGGCCGCAAACUAAAACAGGAUCGGGUAUCAUGUCAGCUAAUCCUGGAAACCCUAUCUGGUGGAAAUCAAAUGUUGUUUUCAUCCCAUAUUGUUCGAGUGAUGUCUGGACUGGAACGUCGUUGGCGUCUGAAACAGGCACACAUUCUUUCAUGGGAGCUGACAUCUUACAGCAGGUUAUCACGGAUCUUCUACCAGAAGGUCUCAUGGAUGCUAAGCAAAUGGUCUUGGCAGGCAGCAGCGCUGGUGGUACAGGUGUGCUUCUGAACCUCGAUCGUGUGGCUUCCAUGAUGAACGAUGCAGGAAGUACAGCCAAGGUGGUGGGUCUAGCUGAUUCAGGAUGGUUCCUGGAGACAGAGCCUUUGGGUAAUUCUCAGUCAGAUUGUAUCCUCGACCUGUACUGCAAUCCCGCAAGGACGCUACAAAGAGGUACCAAAUUAUGGAACAGUUUAGUGCCUGACAGCUGUCUGGGUACAUACGCGGAUAAAUGGAAGUGUUUCUAUGGUUUCAGGUUACACCAAACUCUAAAAACCCCAGUUUACAUAUUCCAGUGGUUGUAUGACGAAGUUCAGCUUACGAUUAACAUGCAAGGCCCUCCCAUCGAGGCAAGACAUUGGCAUUACAUGCAGAAGGUCGGGAGGCAGAUGCGAGGCUCACUUAGAAACGCAACGACUGUGUUCGCUCCAGCAUGUUACGCCCACAAUGUGCUUAGAAGAAGCGACUGGAGUAAUAUCAAAGUACGAGAUGUCAAGCUUUAUAAAAGCUUGCAAUGCUGGUUAAAGAAUCAGGAAGAGCCUAGAGAAUCGUCUACAAACAACAACAGACAACAAGGAAAGCAAAAUCAACAAGUGAAUCCUUCAGAAGCGCCGUCCCGAGGAGGAUCGAGAAGACAUGAAACACCGUCAAUCCAACCUGAGGUCGAUGGAAUGGUUGAGAGCAUGGACGAAAGGACGACCAGGAUAACGACCACGGAUUCGACAACAGUUACGGCAAAGAGGAGACGAACGCGGCGACGAAACAACAAGAAAGGCAGAAGACGUCGACCGCGUACCACCAGCAUCCCAAGACAACUCAUAGAGGACAUAGAUGACGUACCGGUGGAGAGCACGGAGGCAAGCUCGACAUCGAACCGCGAAGAUGGUCGAGAGCGACGGAGAGGAGGAGGAGGAGGGGGAGGAGGUAGAGGAAAGCGAGAUGGGAGGGGGAAUGUCGACUUUGUGGAUAGGAUGAGUGGGCUGAGCAGCAGCGGGAUUGCGACUCUUGCUGGGGGAGAGGUGGUUGAGAGCCGGAGAGCAUCGGGGAAGAAGUGCGUCAACAGGCUUGUGGAUCAUGCCACCUGUCCGCAUUGUAAUCCAACGUGCCCGAAGAUGACGAAUCCCAGUACUGGUGAAGACAUGGAGCUUCUUUCUUUCAUGCAACUCUUUGGUUUUAAAAUCAGCGCCCUGGCCGAGCAGCUGGGCAUCGAUGAGAGAACACUGGCCCUAGUCGACCCCGAGGCUGGACUGCGAAUGAUCGCCGUAGCUUCCAAGAAGAAAAAUUGAACUAGCAGAUAGGAUUGUGUCCUCCGUUGAGUUUGCUUCUCGGCUGUUUGAAGGAAAGAACGCUAAAUCAUUUCCACCUGGUUUCUAAUGUUUUAUGAUAAAGGCAGCAUUCAUCUUAAUGUUGAGCUGCAGAAAACAUUUAUGCCAAGUAUCUCAAAGAAGAACAGUUGCAUUAUUGUUUGUACAUGCAGUCGAGACGGGUUAUCUGCCGUCGUUGUAAAUUGGGACUCGCGUGUGUGUUACACUUGCGGUAGGGAUAAAACUGUCCCUCGCGAGCGAUCAGACCAACGAUUUUAUUGCAACUCCUUCUUAUGAUAUUAUAUAUACGCCAAACCUGUUUCCCAAAGGCGCAGUUGUUGUUUCGAAAGCAUCGUCCUGCAAUUCGAACAACAUUUGUGCCCCCUCCCCCUAAAAAGAAAGGAAGACGAGAGCUAAAACGUUUAGAAACCAGGAUAGAAAUUGUCCCGUCGAAAACACCUUUUUAUAUUCUUGUACCAUAAUUAUUAACUUAUAGAUUCGGGUAUAUUCUUAAUCUUAAAGGUUUUCUAUAAUAUUUUGUACACAAUACUCCAUUUUUGUAUAAAGUUGUAUAGCGUUUAUUUUAUGACUUUGCAUUUACUGAAUAUUUAUAUGUUGUAUAAUAUGCGAUCAAGUGGUGUUUUGUAUUGUCCUAUAUUAAUUCAACGAUUAUAAGUAAUGCCACUACUUCGUUAUUAAGUAAGAAGCAUUUUGAAUGUUUCUACUGGGCCUAUGUAUUUAGAGUAUUUUCAUCGUGGAUUAUUCAUUUGUUCAGAUGUUGAUUCUAUUUUCCUAAAGUAUUACGAAAUGUACACAGCUAGUCUCUAAACUCAAGUUCUUGAAAGUCAAAGUCUUGUUAAUCACUUAAACUGCAUUUUUAAACAAUCAACAUUAUUAUUUCGUGUAAACGUAGUGGAGAGGAGAAAUGCAAUCGUGCGUUUGAAAACUAACAUAUGUGUAAGGUACACCACGAGCAAGAUAAAUAAAUGUAUUUCGAUGAUACUCUCAAGAUUGCGUGUCAAUCAGACAUGAUUAUCCACGUCUGGAGACCGACCUUUGGCGUCACCAUGCGAAAGAAGUGACUAACUUUCAAACCCGGGUCCGAUCAGAGUCGGUUUGUAGGCGAAGAUAGAGAGCUGACCAUUACCACCAGACCAAUUUAUAAUCUCCCCAAAAUAAGCAUAUAAUGUCCCCUCCAUCUUAUCGAACAUCAUGAGUCGACCCUUUGUUGAUAACUUCCAAUUAAUAUAGCUGUUAAGUUUUUAGCAUUUGUUAAGUUUUUAGCAUUUGUAUGACUUUCCCCUGUAAUAUGACCUGAUAGCAGAAAGUUAUUCUCGAUGUGAUCAGAGUGAAUCUUUAAGAAAAAGAACGGUGGUAUUUAAAGCUGUAACAUUCUUUUCACAUUGGAAACAAAACAUUUAUAAUUCAUUUCCUUUUGAAGUUUUGAUUUUGCGUGAAUAUUUGUACCAAAAGUAUAUUUUCACUUUAUCUUGUUUUAAAACGGAGUGGCAGUUCACGAAAUAUAUGACAAUACUUAUAUUGCCUGAAAAGUAUUCACAAUAUACCUCUUUUUCGUUGUAUGAUAUAUACGCUACACGACAGAAAUGUUUAUCUUUUCUUUACGCAACAUUUAAUUGAUAACUUUCUUCUCCAAGACAUAGGGCUGACUGAAGUAAAUGUAUGACGUAUAAAGAAUACUUUAUGAUCGUGUAAAAACAUUUUGAAAGUCAAAAUUGAGCA